AUGUCUUUAUCUCGAACCCGGGAUCUUGGAUGUGUAUUCAGGCAUGAGUUUAGAGACCUUGACCACGUGCAGUUUCAGAAGAAUGGUGGAGUAGGGUGGGUGGCCGCUUUAGACAGCACUUUAUGCCCUAACGUGAACAGCUCAGAUGUACAGCUCUUUCUCAAAACUUUGGCCACGGGACAUAGUGAUUUAUCUUUUGAUUCCAGCCAGUGUGUCAGAGAGAUCUGCCACAGUAUGCUGAUUGCCUCCCAGCUGGAACCAACGUAUGCCAGGACAGUGUAUCCAUGUUUUGAUGAACCUGCCAUGAAGGCCACAUUUAAUAUCAGAAUUGUCCAUGAUCCAAGCUAUGUGGCUCUUUCCAACAUGCCUGCUAUUGAUGUAUCUGAAAUGAAAGAUGAAAAUGGAAGCCUGUGGACUGUUACCACAUUUAACACUUCGCUGAAAAUGUCAACUUACUUGACUGCUUUUGUGAUUUGUGAUUUCGAUUAUGUCACCAGAACCGAGCGGGGAAACGAGAUACGUAUUUGGGCUCGGAAAGAGGCAGUUAAAAAUGGGUAUGUUGACUAUGCUUUAAAUAUCACAGGCCCAAUAUUUUCAUUUCUGGAAGACUUACUUAACAUCAGCUACCCUCUGCCAAAGACAGAUCUGGUUGCACUGCCUGAUUUUGGAGCAGGUGCUAUGGAAAACUGGGGGCUAAUGACUUUCCAAGAAUCAUCAUUGAUGUACCUCCCGAGUGAUAAAUUCACAAGCAGAAAGGCAAUGAUUGCCAUAAUUGUGUCACAUGAGCUAGGACACCAGUGGUUUGGAAAUCUGGUUACAAUGAACUGGUGGAAUGAUCUGUGGCUUAAUGAAGGACUGGCAUCUUACUUUGAGUACCUGGGAGCUGCCUUUGUCGAACCCAAGCUUUCACUGGAUAAAAUCUUUUAUGAUCACGUUGUACAACCUGUCUUAAGGGAAGACAAUGAAAUAGGAGUUCGAUCACUGUCAGAGAGUGAAGACAAGAUCAAAGGAUCAUUUUCUUUAAUGUCUCUGUUUGACAGCAUCACGUACAACAAGGGGGCUUCUAUUACUUGGAUGCUUUCUGGUUUCCUGACUGAGAAGUUGUUUAUCAGAGCACUCACUUCGUAUCUGAAAGAAUUUUCCUUCUCAAAUGCUAACCAAGAUGAUCUCUGGACCCACAUACAGAUGGUUGUAGAUGCACAGGAUGAAGUUCAGUUGCCAGCAUCUGUAAAGCAAAUAAUGGAUUCCUGGACAUGCCAAACUGGGUUUCCAGUUUUAACAUUAAAUCUAACCACUGGCACAAUCAGUCAGGAGCAAUUUCUUAAUAAAAAGAAUGAAAACCGUACUGAUUCUUACAAUAACACGUGGAUUAUUCCUAUUUCUUGGAUGAGAAAUGGAUCAUCACAACCUUUAAUGUGGCUAGAUAAAAGCAGCAAAGUGUUUCCUGAAAUGCAAGUAUCGGAGUCUGAAUAUGACUGGAUCCUGCUAAAUGUAAAUUUAAGUGGAUACUACAGAGUGAACUAUGAUCAAUUAAACUUAAAAAGAUUAGCACACUUGCUUGAAAAUGAUCCAAAGGCUAUUCCCGCUGUCAGCAGGUUCCAGCUGAUAGAUGAUGUUUUUGCACUGACACAGUUUGGAUACAUUCAGAUUGAAACAGCACUUGAACUAACAAAGUACCUUGCCAGAGAAGAUGAACUCUUCAUAUGGAAUGUGGUAUUGUUAAACCUAGUACCCGAGAAUUUGGAAAGUACUCUGAAGAACUAUGAAGUAUAUCCACUUUUAAAGAAAUACCUUUUAAAGAGAAUGUUGCCAGUAUACCAUUAUUAUGCAGGUUUUAUUCGUCAAAAUGUCAAUGCUUUGGAAGAUGACUAUUUUGCUCAAGUGUAUUUGGAAAAACUUUUUACAACAGCAUGCUGGCUGGGCCUCGAAGACUGUUUGAACCUGUCAUCUGAACUGUAUGCGAAGUGGAUGGACAACCCUGAGCACAAGUAA